AUGGAGAGAGCCAAACGGCGUGGCCUUUGUAGACACAUUGGUGUUAGUAAUUAUCCUGUGGAGUUCAUGAAGGAGAUUGAUGAAUACAAGACUGAGCCCAUCUACAAUGAGCAACAAGAGCUGCAUCCACUGGCGCAGUCUCGAGAUGUCCAAGACUACGCCCGAAAAGCUAAAGUGUCAUUGACUGGUUAUGGAACAGGUGUGGUGGCCUCAGCGCCCUUAGCCAAGGACAUCGCCCACAAGAUCAACCGGACACCUGGGCAGGUGCUGCUGCGCUGGGCAGUGCAGAAAGGGAUCCACGUAAAUCCCAAGUCCAACCAGGUGUCCCGAUUGAAAGAGAACUUGGAAGUUCUUGAUUUUGCUUUGGACGAUGAGGACAUGUCUGCCCUGGAUGGCCUGGAUGUGCCCAAGAUCUUCUACUGGAAUACGAGUGUCCUUGUACCCCAGGCGUCUGCAGCCAAAGAAGAGUUGUGA